AUGCCACCUUCAUCCAAAUUAUCAACGAGGAUUCUAUCAUGCGUAUUCUGGACACGUACAACGGUGCUAGUGCUAGCCAUCGUCAUUGUGGCGGCGUCUCUUUCGGUGUAUAGUCUACACACGGUGCCGAUCUUUUCGUUGUUUGGCGGCGGCAGCGGCAAUAGUCAUCAACAUCAAACGACAAUUUUAUUGGAAAUGGUUCAAGAUCGACGACUGAUAUCGACCUUGGUGGCAGCACAAGCAUCCGUAUUUUGUCCACUCUUUUUGCUUUUAAACCACAAUCGGAAAAAAGACAACGAUGAAUCCUCAUCCUCUUCACCCUCAUUGGCAUUGGAUUUGAUUUGCUGUCAUGUAUUGAUGCCUUUGGGAUUGGCUCUUAGCUGGACCUUUUGUAUCAUGUUUGAUCGCAAGACCAUGAUGGCGUUGAUGCAAAGCGGAUUCUUGGGUGAAGAACUGGUAACGAGUUGGACGGAUUACAUGGGAUGGCAUGACAUGUGCCUUUUGAAUAGAAAUGUUCAUGGUGAAUGGCCUUGUCUUGCUGUCAAUGUAAUUCAUGGUUUCAAGUAUUUGAUUGUUCUUGUGCUUGCAGCGGAGAUCUACAUGGUCAUUGCAGCAGCCGUCGUUUUGCGUCGAGAACAUCGACAAGAACACCCCACCCAAGGCGUGAUCCAACUAUGUAUUGAUGAAAAGUCACAACGUGGAUACUAUAACCCUGCACCGGUUUCAUUCAUGGAUGAUCAACAACGCGAUGUGUUCAUGCAAGUAUGA